AUGAGGAAUUAUACUAAGUUGUAUAGUAUCUCUCGCUCAAUUUUUAAAGCUCAGAAUAGAACCUUUUCUACAAACACAACUGCGUACAACCCUAAAAUUGUGAAUGAAGCAAUAAAUCCUAAGCCAGGAAGACUGUAUCGCUCAGUACCAAGGCUGUUUUUCAUAGCUGCCCUUAUGUUGGCGGUUCCUUUAGCCGCCACCUAUUACGAUAACGAACAGUUUAAGAAGGAGCUGGAGCUGAGGAAUCAACCGGGCUAUAGAUACUAA